AUGUUAUAUCCCUUAACUUUGAUAGGCAUUCUGAUAAUAGUAUAUUAUCCCCUUGUGUUUUUAUUGUUUCUAUUAUAUGUCUACAAUGCAAUACUUAUUGUAUGGAAAAAAAUUGGCAAUCUGCCAGAAGAUAUCAAUAGCCAAGAAUGGGACAAGCCAAAGCAAUUUUUGGCACUGGCAGUUGAGUGGCAUGGAAAGAUACUGCAUAGUUAUGAGAUUUCUGGACUAGAAAAUCUACCUAAAGAACCAGCGAUCCUUGUUUAUUACCAUGGAUCCAUACCAAUAGACCAUUAUUUUUUUAUCCAUAGGAUUUUUAGAUUUACCGGGAAACCCUUCUAUUCUGUGCUACAUCAUACUCUUUUUUGUCUACCAGGAAUAAAUCUGGUCCGCUCACUCCAUUACCCUGUUCAUCCUACAAGAGAAAAGAGCGUAAACAUUCUGAAACAAGGACACCAGCUGGCAGUUGCACCAGGAGGACUGCAAGAGGAGAACUAUGGAAAUAACUACUACAAGAUAAUAUGGGGAAACAGGAAAGGAUUUGCUCAUAUAGCUAUAGAUGCAAAAGUGCCAAUCAUCCCUGUGUUUACACAAAAUAUUAGAGAAGGAUAUGUAACAUAUGGAAAUAUAAGGCCAAUGAGAUGGUUAUAUGAGCGAACCCGAUGGUUCCCCUUUCCAAUAUAUGGGAUGUUUCCAGUUAAACUUAUAAGCCAUAUUGGAAAACCAAUUCCAUAUGAUCCAGAUAUAACUCCUGAAAAAUUAGCUGAAAAAACUCAAAGGGCAAUGGAGGCUUUACGGGACAAACAUCAGAAAAUCCCAGGAAGUAUAUUGCAAGCUAUUAGGCAACGCUUUGAGAGAUGUAACAAAGAUAAACAGUGA